AUGCUUGUUGUAGUUCUCACCACCACCUCGGUCACCUCGCGCUCAAUAACAGCUACAUCGACAUCGUCCAGUCUAUCGACCGUCACUUCGUCCAUCAACACCAACUACGGCCAGCCGCUGGACUACACGACGACGAAGUGGGUCGAGACCUGGGUUGGUGGAACAUAUUCGACAUGGACGCCCACAGUCAUAACCGUCAUACACAAAACACCGGCACCCGCACCGCCACUCUGGCAUGGCGAGAUCGGUAUGGGUUCGCUGACCGGCAAGACGGGAAUCACCCAGACUGUCUUCAUGGGCGCUGCACCGUCGCAGGCUGCGGGUUGGGCGAGGGGAAUAGUUGCUGCGGUCGGAGUUGGAUUCGCGGGUAUCGUGGUGUGA